AUGAAUAAUUGUGAACAUGUAGAAGUAAGGCCUAGCAGGAGCAGCGGUGAUGGAUACAUUGCUGAGGGACAUGGUGGGGGUCAAAAUGAUGACUUUGAUUCAUCAGAUGAGGAUGAUGCAUCAGACGGGACUUAUGUAGAAAGCGAAGAAGAAGUUGACUACCAAACUGAUGUGUCAGACGAAACCGACUUAGAAGAAGAAGAACAAGAGCAGGAGCAGAAGCAGUGCAGAACUUAUUCACGUUUGGUUGUGGUCAGCAUGUUUAUUCAGACAUUGGUGAUUAUAAAAAUAGCAUACUGGAUCGAGAUGAAUUUGAAGUUAAGAUGUGGAAAGUUUAUUUGGCAACCUUAUGAAGGAGUGGAGAUACCUGAAAGAUGUACACGGGGUUGGGAUUAUUGGCAAUCCAACACUUGGCUAAUUUGCUGGGAUAUCGUUGAACCGCAUCAAGUUGACCGUAUGAUGCGACAAUUUGGCUUGAAACAAUUGAUCCCACCACAACCAAUGAUCGCUGGUUUCAAAGAAUGGGAAAAGUUGCACAAGUAUGGUAGGACUAGAAGAGCUGGGAACAAUUGGGAGUUUCAUCAUCGUGAAUACAUCGAAAAAUGGAACAACAGGGCGAACUCCAUUGUGGCUGGGUCUCUGAGUGGUCAAUCUUCAACCGAUGAUGAUUAUCUCACGUGGUAUGACACCAAUACCAUCAAAUUUAUCAAGGAUCCCAAUAAGUACAACUUUCAGGAGGAAGGGUAUCUUUGUAUGGAUCUCAUUCUUGAACUCGCUGCUCAUGCUAUGAGUGCUUUAUCCCUUGGAGCACAUGAGUUGCCAAUUUUGAAACCCACCCAAUCGCUUGUUGAUAUUCCACCACAACCUUCUCAACCGGUUGGCAAAGUUCACAAGCGAAACAUUCCUUACCGUGGGAUUGGAGGAGGCAGGAAGAAAAUCAUGGAAGAAGAAGAAGAUGAAGAAGAAGAAUAUGAUUUUGAACUCAAUGCCGAUUUGCUUAAAACUCCAACCGUCCAAAAUGAAGCCGGAGCCAACCAAGGAGGUGAACCUACAAGUAUGGAUGUGGAUGUUACACCGCCAUUGAAGCAAACUACUCUACCUUUGGCUUUAGGAAGGCCGCGUAGAAAGAUAAAGAAAGUCAACCACUACACGCCAUCCACGGCCCAAGCCAAGCCACCCCUAGAGGAGGAAUAA